AUGUGGCUGGCCCGUGCAAAAGCCCUGAAUCAAUCUCGGAUUCUGGCCACGCAGCUCCGAAGCCUCGGCUUCUCCGCUCGAAGCCAGAAAUGGUUGUCCAAAAAGGAGGCGAACAAAGUCGAGGAAGCUAUGGUUGGUAAUCACUUUGGUGCCCUUGACAAUCCCAUCUACCACACGCAUACCCAUAAUCUGAUGAUGGAGGGAGAUGAGAACCAAGAGUACGUUCUUUCCGAUUUUUUGUUUGAUUUUAGGAAACCCAAGAAGAAUAUAUGGUGCGGAUGAAGAUAAAGGGGUAGAAUAGGCUUAUGGAGACUGUUUUAGCCCUUUUGGAAAUCUGUUUUUCCGAUUUUGGAGAGAUUUUAUAUUGUUCAUCAUAGACUUGGAUAGUUUAAGAAAUUUUUGGUCUUUUUUCUGUAUGAAAGCUCUUGAAAACGUAUUUUGAAUGGUUCUAGGAGUUAGAUAAGGGCUUAUAUGUUAAAUUUCAAGCAAAAAAUUCAGCGUGAAAAACGUUGCACAGUCUUCAAAUUAGAUGUUUUACUCAAGCUAUCUAAAAUCUCAAAAAUUUUUGCGAAUUACCUGAAAUUUUUUAUUCCUUUUCCGGAGCAUGUUGAAAUAGAUGUGUCCAAUCUAAAAUUCACUACAAUCUCCAAGAAAAAUUUCUAAAAAUUCCACAUUUUCCAGAUUUUUCUACCGAGAAAGGCCCCACUACAAACUGCGAGGCGAUCAAAUCAUGGCCACCGUUUUGGGAACCAUGUUCUGGUCCUGGGUCUUCUACUCGAUCUAUUGGAAGUACGAAUUGUUGGUUGGGCAUUGGUAUAUCCCCUACAUUCCGAAGGAAUUCACGGACGAGGAGUUGGGAAUCCCGCCGGAUGAUGCGGAGGACCCGGAAUAUUGGGGAAGUCAUGGCAAAAAGUACGGAACUUAUCGUUGA